UGGGAGGAGAAUACUCUUUUUCUGGGGUGGCAUCUUCAUGUGUAUAUUCCAAACAGCAGUGGCAGCUCUUAUUGGGGCAAAAUUCGGAACAACAGGGAAUGCAGCAGAUUUGCCACUUUGGUUUGCAGCUUUAGUGGUUGUCUGCAUCUGUGUAUUCGUUGCUAACUUUGCAUAUUCAUGGGGUCCUUUAGGAUGGUUGGUUCCGAGUGAGAUUUCUCCAUUGGAAGUUCGAUCUGCAGCACAAUGUGUUACUGUCUCCAUGAACAUGUUUUUCACUUUCGGAGUUGCACAAAUUUUCUUGAAGAUGCUAUGUGGGAUGAAGUUUGGUCUAUUUAUCUUCUUUGCGGUCUUUGUGUUAAUAAUGACUGUGUUUGUCUACUUGUACGUGCCCGAAACAAAGAAUAUACCAAUUGAAGAGAUGUCUCAAGUUUGGAGAGAGCAUUGGUACUGGAACAAGUUCGUGGAUGAUGCAGAACCAAAGCCACAAGGGAAUGGCUUAAAGCCCGCAAAGGAGAUAGUCUAAAGUAGGAUUGGCACAAUGAUGAAAAUAGUUCAUCUGUAUAGUUUUAAG